AUGGCGAGCGCAUUGCCUCGUCGUAUCAUCAAGGAAACACAGCGAUUGAUGCAGGAUCCUGUACCCGGAAUUGCUGCAACUCCUGAUGACAACAAUGCUAGGUAUUUUCACGUUAGUAUUACGGGUCCCGAUGAUUCUCCAUUUGCUGGUGGUGACUUCAAACUUGAGCUAUUUUUACCGGAAGAAUACCCUAUGGCAGCGCCAAAGGUGCGAUUUAUGACCAAAAUUUAUCAUCCAAACAUAGACAAAUUGGGGAGAAUUUGCUUGGAUAUUUUGAAAGAUAAGUGGUCGCCUGCUCUUCAAAUUCGAACGGUUUUGCUCUCAAUUCAGGCUCUUUUGUCAGCACCAAAUCCUGAGGAUCCUCUUGCAACCGAUGUAGCUGAGCAAUGGAAGACGAACGAGGUUGAAGCUUUGCGAACAGCUAAAGAAUGGACACGACUAUACGCAUCAUCC